AUGAAUGAACACAAUAAUACAGGGACCCGAAGAACCAGGGAAGAUUUACCUUCAAUUUCGUCAGUAGAAAGUGAAUCAAGAUCRCCUAAAGCAAAAUCGUUAAGAAUGGACGACGAGCCUACGCUUAAAUCUCUGCAAACUAUUCUUUUAGAAGUACAAAGAAAUACAAGCCAACUCUUAAGUGAUAAUGCUGUGCUACGAAAUGAAGUUGACGACCUCAAAAAAUCUGUUCAAUUCCAUAGUGAUGAAGUAGAACAACUAAGGAAAGAAAACUCAGAUUUAAAAGCUCAAGUACAACAAUUAACCACGAACCAAGAGCAGUUAAUGAAAAGUGCUGAUGACCUCGAAGAAAGGCACGACAACUUGGAAAUGUACACAAGAAAAUAUAACUUAGAGAUUCAUGGAAUCUCUGAGGAAGACGAAGAAGAUCUUGAAGAAAUAGUAAUGAAGUUAGGAGAGGCGGUUGGUGUCAAAAUAGAAGAAGAUGACAUUGACAUUGUGCACCGAAUGAAAGUAAGAGUCAAGAGAGGUCCAAGGCCAAUUAUAGUUCGCUUUAUGUCACAUAAGAUCAAGUCAKAGCUGUACAAAGCCAAGAAAAAGUUGAGAGGCAUUGCAGGUCUUAACGACGAUUUAAAGGCCGAAAAAGCAAUUUACAUAAAUGAAAACCUCACUACAGCGAAGAGAAGGCUAUUUGCAGAGCCUGAGUCAGACAGUGAGGAUAGCGAAAGCGAUUCUGUUUCGUCAGAGAUUAAGGAUGGUAGAAUUUCGACAUCAGAGAGUGAUAGUGAACAAAGUGAACAUUCAGAAACCGAUGACAAUGACCCUGAUUGGGAAGAACUGGAAGAGGGAGAGAACGACAAAGAAAGGAUACAGGAUACAGACCAGGAAAAAGUGAUAUUCAAAACACAACAGAAAAGCCGUCAAAAUAAUGAGUAUGAAGAGUUAAAAACAGUCUUACUCAAAUGCAACUCUAUCCAUGAUACCAUCAACGAACUAGUGACAAACUUACAAGAACUGAAGCUUGAACAAGGGAAUUUGACUGCAAGAGCAAUCAGACAGUGGAAAAAGCAGUUUAAGGAAAUUUACGCUCCUUUAAUCGAGCGGAAAGCAGAAUUACAAGGGACAUUAGACCAGAGAGAGAAACAGGAGAGCAAUGUCGCAACAGAGGAAUGUUUGCAAAUCAAACACUGGAGAGAAGAGGAAUUCAGACAAAAAAUGCACGAGAAAGAAAAGGAAUUAUUGGACGAACGAAGGCAGAGAUCAAGCUAA